AUGAGCAGCCUCAUAAUCCCUCUAAAAAGCGACGACUACAUUGGCACUGAGAGCUGCAUGGACCUCCAAAACACAAACCAUGUUCUAGAUCAACACGAGAAUUACAAAUCCAACAAAUUAGGAAACGAUGCCAAGGCCAUAAACAAGACCAAAAAGAAAGAGAACAAAGUGUUCCCUCCCCCAAUACCCUUGCUAGCUCGAACUCAGAACCUGGCCUCACACAUGCCAUGGGUGUUGAAGAGGUACUACACAAGCGAGGGAAGGUUGAUUCUGAAGGAGAAGAAGGUAAAACACCAUGAGUACUUUCGUGCACACCGAGCCAAUGGUCGACUCACAUUGCACCUUGUUAAUGUUUCCUUUGAUGACUAUGAUGAGUACUUUGAAGAAACAGCUCCAACUAGUCCACAUGAAGAGGCUGAUAUUCAUAACGUUACUCACGAUCACACUGGUGCUGUUACAACUAGUAAUGAUAGGGUUGAUGAAGAAGAAGAGAAUGUGGCUAGCAAUAGCACUGUUGCGGAUGAGUUUCUUGUGGAACAUGAAAGUGAUUUUGUAGUAGCUAAUGGUACUAGUAGAGUGACGUGUUCGGACAGCAGCAGUGUAAGAUCAGGUCCAGCGUGUAACAUUUUUGGGGUGCCAGUGCAUCCAAUUAGAACCGUUCAUGGUUGA